AUGUACAAUCAACAGUGUCUUCCUUUGUCGGUCUACCCUUAUUCUACCAAACCACUUUCCACUUCCUUCCUUGGUCGGUCUACCCUUCUUCUACCAAACCACUUUCCGCUUCCUUCCAUUGAUCCCCUACGCUCCUCCAAACCACCACUCACUCCUCCGUCGUCGAUCGAUUUAGGGUCAGCUAUCGAGGGAAAUAAAUUGUUCAGUACAACAGAAAUUGAUGGUCGAUUUUGCCCUACUUCGAAGGGUUGGCGGUGGAGAUCAGAAAGUGAAGAGACAGAAAGGAGUACGAGAACGAUCGUCGACCUUCUAAGGGAGAGAACCAUGGACGGCGACGAUAGGUUCCGACGAAGGAAGAGUCUUCAAGAACGAUUAGGAUUAAAGAGUAUGGUAUGUUGUGGAUCCGCUUGGGGCAUCGGAAUCGGACCUUCCACCAUGAGCACCCGAUCUGGCGACGAUGACGACGUCGUUGACUCGAUCCAUUAA